AUGGAGACCUCGAUCUCGUUGGAGGAGCGGAAGCGCGCGGAAGAGCGGAAACGCGUCGAAAUGAAAAUGUCUUUGAAAGAGAUUCGGCUCGAGUUCGAGAAGCUCGAGUCCAAAGUGGAGAAACUGAAACAACAGAAACACAUUCUGUUCUCGCAGUUGAAGAAAGUGCUGAACGAAGACGGCGUGCGCAGACGCAACCGCGACCUCCAGUGGACCACCGACUCGGCGCUCUUCCAGCAGGAGCAGCAGCUCCAACCCCUCCCCUUCGCGCCGCCCUUCAACCAGCAGUUCUUCGCGCAGAGAGCUCCGCCCCCGCAACAGCCCUUCAAAGCCGCCUUCCAGCCCAAACCCAACGUCGGCCGCAAACGCAGCCACGAGUCGCGCUCCCCGCCCCCGCAGGCCAACUACAAGAGCGCGUGCGUCACUUACACGCCGAACAUCGGGAGUGAGUAUUUUGAAGUUGCGUUCGCACCUCUGAUUGGCUGUUUCUCUCUCGCAGAGGUGGACUUCGCUAAUCAGCAGCAGUUCUACGGAAUGAUGACGUCAGCGCAGAGUCAACGCAAAUACUAUUAA